AUGGAAACAGGAGUCUGCAAUGCAUAUGGCAUGAAGCAGAGAGUUGGAGCCAUGCAGUGCACAGAGAGAGAAGCAAACAUCUCUCUGAGGCUAGUUCAAGCCCAGGACGAUGAACAUCAAACAGAAUCAGACUAUGUUUCUGAAGCCCUCCUGCAGCGACAAAAAAAUUUUUCACCGGCUUCGAAAUCCCAAGAACUGACAAUCAUUCCAGCUUUUCAAAACACACUGAAGCUAAAGGCUGGCAACCCCUCCCACAAUGGCCGUGUGUGCAGCACCUGGGGUAACUUCCACUUCAAAACCUUUGAUGGGGACAUCUUUUACUUCCCUGGGGUCUGCAAUUACAUCUUUACAUCCAACUGCAAAUCUCCCUAUGAGGAUUUCAACAUCCAGAUCAGGCGUACAAUGAUGGAAAACGCUACCGUGAUCACUCAUGUAAUCAUGAAGCUGGAAGGAGUAGUGAUUGAACUGACCCGUGGCUCUGUCCUGCUUGAUGACAAACCGGUUCAGAUGCCCUACAGCCAUAUGGGAGUCUUGAUAGAGAGAAGUAACAGCUAUCUGAAAGUGUCUGCCAAGUUAGGACUGACCUUCCUUUGGAAUGAAGAGGACGCCCUCCUGGUGGAACUAGAUACGAAAUACGCCAAUCAAACUUGUGGACUUUGUGGGGACUUCAAUGGAAUUCCAAUCAGCAAUGAAUUUAUUUCAGAGAAGACAAAACUGACACCCAUACAGUUUGGGAACAGGCAGAAGAUGGAUGGACCCACAGAGCAGUGUGCUGAUCCUAUUUCUCCUGGUGUUACAGUGAACUGCUCAGCUGAAUUUGCUUCUAUCUGUGAGACAGUGUUAACCAGUGAAGCCUUUACAAGCUGUAAUGCACUUGUGAGUGUUCAGGACUACAUUGAAACUUGCAUACAAGACCUAUGCCACUGUGAUAGCUCUAUGGCUGACUUCUGCAUGUGCAACACCUUUGCUGAAUACUCCCGGCAGUGUGCUCAUGCAGGUGGACAGCCUCUGAACUGGAGAACCUCAGAACUGUGUCCAAAAUCAUGUCCUUUCAACAUGCAAUACAAGGAGUGUGGCUCCCCCUGCUCUGACACAUGCAGCAACCCAGAACGAUCUGCACUUUGCGAAGAUCAUUGUACAGACGGCUGCGUCUGCCCUCCAGGAAUGGUAUUUGAUGACAUUAAUGGUGCUGGCUGCAUUCCCCGUGAGCAAUGCCACUGUACCUAUGAAGGUGAAACUUAUGCUCCUGGUGUCUCCUUCUCAUCUAAAUGCAGAUCAUGUACCUGUGUGGGAGGUGAAUGGUCUUGUGUCACCCAGUCAUGCCCCGGGACUUGCAGUAUUGAAGGAGGCUCCCACAUUUCAACAUUUGAUGAGAAACAUUAUUCCUUCUUUGGAGACUGUAGCUAUGUUUUAACCAAGCUCUGUGACAGCAAUGAAUUUACUGUUCUGGGAGAUAUCCACAAGUGUGGCCUGACUGACACUGAGACAUGCCUCAAGGGCAUCGCCAUCAGCCUAAGUGGGGGACAAACUAACAUUGUGAUCCAGCCUUCUGGCAGUGUAUUUGUGAAUAUGAUCUACACACAGCUCCCAUUUUCUGCAGCGAAUGUCACCAUCUUCAGACCAUCAUCUUUCUUCAUCAUUCUGCAAACAAGCUUUGGUCUUCAGCUACAGGUUCAGCUUGUUCCUCUCAUGCAACUUUUUAUAGACUUGGACCCAUCACAUAAAGGGCAGACCUGUGGUCUCUGUGGUAACUUCAAUGACGUGCAGACAGAUGAUUUCAAAACCACCAGCGGUGUAAUAGAGGGUACUUCAGCAGCCUUUGGCAAUACUUGGAAAACUCGGGCUGAUUGUCAUGAUGCCCAAAACACCUUUGAGAACCCCUGUACUCUCAGCAUACAGAAUGACCAGUAUGCUCAGCAUUGGUGUGGACUGCUCUCUGAUGCCAUGGGACCUUUUGCUGAAUGUCAUUCGACAGUGAAUCCAGAAGUUUACCAGAAGAACUGCAUGUUUGACACGUGUAACUGUGAGAAGAGUGAGGACUGCAUGUGUGCUGCCCUUUCCAGCUAUGUCAGGGCCUGUGCUGCUAAAGGAGUUUUCCUCACUGGAUGGAGAAACAAAGCCUGCACAAAAUACACCACCUUGUGUCCGAAAUCCUUGAAGUACACUUACAAUGUCGAUUCCUGUCAACCCACCUGCCGGUCUCUGAGUGAGCCUGAUGUCACGUGCAGCAUCAAGUUUGUUCCAGUUGAUGGCUGCACCUGCAUGAAUGGAACCUACAUGGAUGAAAAUGGCAAAUGUGUACCUGCUUCUAGCUGUCCUUGUUACUACAAAGGAAUGCCUCUGUCUUCUGGAGAAGUUAUUCAUGAUAAUGGUGUUGUCUGCACUUGCACCUAUGGAAAGCUGAGCUGCAUUGGAGAGAAACCCGAACCAGUCUGUGCACAUCCCAUGGUCUAUAUUGAUUGUGGCAAUGCCACUGCAGAUGUGGUAGGAGCAGAAUGCCAGAAGAGCUGUCAGACUCUAGAUAUGGAAUGUUACAGAACUCAGUGUAUCUCUGGAUGCGUAUGUCCUCAUAAUCAAGUGUUAGAUGGCAAAGGUGGCUGUAUAGCUCCAGAAGACUGUCCAUGUAUUCACAAUGGGAUUUCCUACAGUCCAGGAGAAUCAGUCAGAGUUGGCUGUAACAACUGCACAUGCAGAAACAGAAAAUGGCACUGCUCUGAGGAACCCUGCCUGGAAACCUGUUCUGUUUAUGGAGAUGGGCAUUAUACCACCUUUGAUGGCAAACGCUUUGACUUUGAAGGAGACUGUGAAUAUGUUCUGGUCCAGAACUACUGUGGUCAACAAACUAUGAACCAGGGAACAUUCAGAGUCAUCACUGAGAACAUUCCAUGUGGCACCACAGGAACCACCUGCUCUAAGUCUAUUAAAGUUUUCCUGGGGAACUUUGAGCUGGUACUCAGUGAUGGACGCUCUGAUGUCAUCCAGAGGGCACCUGGAGGAAAAAUGCCAUUCCAAAUCCGUUCCAUGGGCAUCUACCUGGUGGUUGACACUACUGUUGGUCUGAUACUCAUGUGGGACAAGAAAACCAGUAUAUUCAUCAAACUUAGUCCCAGCUUUCAGGGACACGUCUGCGGACUUUGCGGAAACUAUGAUGGCAAUGGAAAUAAUGACUUCACUACUCGCAGUCAGUCCGUGGUAGGAAAUGUGCUGGAGUUUGCCAACAGCUGGAAAGUGUCUUCUAGUUGCCCAAAUGCCAAUCGUACCAAAGAUCCAUGCACUGCAAAUCCAUACAGGAAAGCCUGGGCACAGAAGCAAUGCAGCAUCAUUACCAGUGAAGUGUUUGCAAAGUGUCACUCCGAGGUUGAACCAAAUGAAUAUUAUCAAGCAUGUGUGGAUGACGCUUGUGCCUGCGACACUGGAGGAGACUGUGAAUGUUUCUGUACAGCAGUAGCUGCCUAUGCUCAAGUGUGUAAUGAGCGGGACAUCUGCAUUUCAUGGAGGACUCCAUCCAUUUGUCCUCUGUUCUGUGAUUACUACAAUCCACAAGGGGAAUGUGAGUGGCAUUACCAGCCAUGUGGAGCCCCUUGCAUGAAGACCUGCAAUAAUCCAAGUGGGAAAUGCCUUCAUGAGUUGAGAGGUUUGGAAGGCUGCUAUCCGCAGUGUCCAAAGAAUAAGCCCUAUUUUGAUGAGGAAACCAUGACUUGUGUUUCUAAUUGUGGUUGUUAUGAAAAUGGAAAAAAUUACAAACCAGGAAUGCAGAUGCCUUCAAAGCAGAAUUGUCAAUCAUGUGAAUGCACAAUUCAUGGCAAAAAAUGCAAAUAUGAUGAAAAUGAAUGUGUCUGCAUUUAUGAGGGACAUAAAUACAACUAUAGAGAUGUGAUCUACAAUACUACAGAUGGCACAGGAGGGUGUAUUGUUGCGGUCUGUGGUCCCAAUGGAACUAUUGAAAGGUUUGUCUAUGGAUGUCCAGUCUCAACAUCACCCACAACAACAACGUUUCACUUCAGCACUACGCCACCUGCUGCUACUUCCACAGUGACACCAACUACAUCAAUAUGUGUUCAUGAAGUCUGUGAGUGGUCAGAAUGGUAUGACGGGAGUCAGCAAACCCCUGGCUACGAUGGUGGAGAUUUUGAAACCUUUCAAGAUUUGAGAGCUAAAGGUUAUGAAGUCUGUAAAGCUCCACGGGAUGUUCAAUGCAGAGCAGAGAAAUACCCUAACAUAACACUAAAAGACCUUGGCCAAGAAGUAGAAUGCAGUACAACAGCUGGUCUUAUAUGUUACAACAAAGAUCAGAUUUCAACAAUGUGCUACAAUUAUGAAAUAAGAAUCUUAUGCUGUGCUUUUGUACCAUGUUCUUCCACAACAAAUUUCAGCACAUCAACACCAACCAUGACACCAGCUAAAAGCACAGAAACAUCAAGUUCAACUGAAGAAACCACAUCAUUUUCAACCACUACAUUACCACUUACUACAACUUCUGAAAGUACAACAUUCACAACUUCAACUACUAAAGAAACAACUACAAGCACAAGUGAAAUGACAACAUCUGUAACUUCUUCUGCUUCAACAUCUCAACCUUGUAUUGAAGAAGAAUGCUACUGGUCAAUGUGGUACGAUGCAAGUUACCCAGGGUCUGGAUAUGAUGAUGGAGAUUUUGACACAAUACACAACAUUGAAAAGAAGGGAUACAAAGUCUGUAAUAACAGAAAGGCUGUUGAAUGCAGAGCAGUAAGGUUCCCUGAUGUACCAUAUCCCCUACUAGAACAACAUAUAACAUGUAACACGGAAGAAGGGUUGAUAUGCUACAAUAAAGACCAACUACCACCAAUCUGCUAUAAUUAUGAAAUAAGAUUUAAAUGCUGUCAAAAUAUAACAGUACCAUGCCCAACAAGUAAAGCGCCUACUACAACUUCCACAAAACCAACACCGACCCAAAUAGCUACGACUCAAAGUACACCGUACACAGAACUACCAACAACACCACACUUAAUAACAAAACAUAAAAGCACUACAAUUUCAACAAUGCCACCAGAAACAGGAUAUAUACACACUGAAACUACAUCAGAAACAACAACCCACACUACAUACGAAACACAAACAACAAAAACUUCAAGGCCCACCCCGACACCUACCAUAUCCUCCACUGGCGUGAGCUCCACCACCACCACCACCACCACCACCACCUCGUCCAUUACCACCUGUCAAAAAGAAGUGUGCUCCUGGACCGAAUGGUUCGACGUCGACUUCCCCUCCCCGGGGCCCAGCCAGGGAGACUUUGAAACCUACGAGCACAUCCGGGCCGCCGGCAAGAAGAUCUGUCACCAGCCCAAGGAAAUCGAGUGCCAGGCAGAGGACUACCCCGAGGUUGCCAUCCAACAGGUCGGGCAGGUCGUGCAGUGCGACGUCCACUUUGGCCUGGUGUGCAAGAACGAAGACCAGACCGGCAAAUUUAAGUUGUGCCUCAACUACAGGAUACGCGUCUACUGCUGCACCCCGAACUACGAGUGUGUGACCAGCACACCCCUGCCCACCACCAGCCCCACCACCAUCACCACCCGCAAACCAACCACCACCACCCCGACUUCCGCCACAGUCACGACCUCCACCUCCACGACCUCCUCCCCCACCACGCGGCCCACCUCCUCAGAAACCACACAGCAGACCUCCACCACCACAACCAGACCCACCCCGACACCUACCAUAUCCUCCACUGGCGUGAGCUCCACCACCACCACCACCACCACCACCACCUCGUCCAUUACCACCUGUCAAAAAGAAGUGUGCUCCUGGACCGAAUGGUUCGACGUCGACUUCCCCUCCCCGGGGCCCAGCCAGGGAGACUUUGAAACCUACGAGCACAUCCGGGCCGCCGGCAAGAAGAUCUGUCACCAGCCCAAGGAAAUCGAGUGCCAGGCAGAGGACUACCCCGAGGUUGCCAUCCAACAGGUCGGGCAGGUCGUGCAGUGCGACGUCCACUUUGGCCUGGUGUGCAAGAACGAAGACCAGACCGGCAAAUUUAAGUUGUGCCUCAACUACAGGAUACGCGUCUACUGCUGCACCCCGAACUACGAGUUCACGACCUACACCUCCACGACCUCCUCCCCCACCACGCGGCCCACCUCCUCAGAAACCACACAGCAGACCUCCACCACCACAACCAGACCCACCCCGACACCUACCAUAUCCUCCACUGGCGUGAGCUCCACCACCACCACCUCGUCCAUUACCACCUGUCAAAAAGAAGUGUGCUCCUGGACCGAAUGGUUCGACGUCGACUUCCCCUCCCCGGGGCCCAGCCAGGGAGACUUUGAAACCUACGAGCACAUCCGGGCCGCCGGCAAGAAGAUCUGUCACCAGCCCAAGGAAAUCGAGUGCCAGGCAGAGGACUACCCCGAGGUUGCCAUCCAACAGGUCGGGCAGGUCGUGCAGUGCGACGUCCACUUUGGCCUGGUGUGCAAGAACGAAGACCAGACCGGCAAAUUUAAGUUGUGCCUCAACUACAGGAUACGCGUCUACUGCUGCACCCCGAACUACGAGUGUGUGACCAGCACACCCCUGCCCACCACCAGCCCCACCACCAUCACCACCCGCAAACCAACCACCACCACCCCGACUUCCGCCACAGUCACGACCUCCACCUCCACGACCUCCUCCCCCACCACGCGGCCCACCUCCUCAGAAACCACACAGCAGACCUCCACCACCACAACCAGACCCACCCCGACACCUACCAUAUCCUCCACUGGCGUGAGCUCCACCACCACCACCUCGUCCAUUACCACCUGUCAAAAAGAAGUGUGCUCCUGGACCGAAUGGUUCGACGUCGACUUCCCCUCCCCGGGGCCCAGCCAGGGAGACUUUGAAACCUACGAGCACAUCCGGGCCGCCGGCAAGAAGAUCUGUCACCAGCCCAAGGAAAUCGAGUGCCAGGCAGAGGACUACCCCGAGGUUGCCAUCCAACAGGUCGGGCAGGUCGUGCAGUGCGACAUCCACUUUGGCCUGGUGUGCAAGAACGAAGACCAGACCGGCAAAUUUAAGUUGUGCCUCAACUACAGGAUACGCGUCUACUGCUGCACCCCGAACUACGAGUGUGUGACCAGCACACCCCUGCCCACCACCAGCCCCACCACCAUCACCACCCGCAAACCAACCACCACCACCCCGACUUCCGCCAUAGUCACGACCUCCACCUCCACGACCUCCUCCCCCACCACGCGGCCCACCUCCUCAGAAACCACACAGCAGACCUCCACCACCACAACCAGACCCACCCCGACACCUACCAUAUCCUCCACUGGCGUGAGCUCCACCACCACCACCACCACCACCACCACCUCGUCCAUUACCACCUGUCAAAAAGAAGUGUGCUCCUGGACCGAAUGGUUCGACGUCGACUUCCCCUCCCCGGGGCCCAGCCAGGGAGACUUUGAAACCUACGAGCACAUCCGGGCCGCCGGCAAGAAGAUCUGUCACCAGCCCAAGGAAAUCGAGUGCCAGGCAGAGGACUACCCCGAGGUUGCCAUCCAACAGGUCGGGCAGGUCGUGCAGUGCGACGUCCACUUUGGCCUGGUGUGCAAGAACGAAGACCAGACCGGCAAAUUUAAGUUGUGCCUCAACUACAGGAUACGCGUCUACUGCUGCACCCCGAACUACGAGUUCACGACCUCCACCUCCACGACCUCCUCCCCCACCACGCGGCCCACCUCCUCAGAAACCACACAGCAGACCUCCACCACCACAACCAGACCCACCCCGACACCUACCAUAUCCUCCACUGGCGUGAGCUCCACCACCACCACCACCACCACCUCGUCCAUUACCACCUGUCAAAAAGAAGUGUGCUCCUGGACCGAAUGGUUCGACGUCGACUUCCCCUCCCCGGGGCCCAGCCAGGGAGACUUUGAAACCUACGAGCACAUCCGGGCCGCCGGCAAGAAGAUCUGUCACCAGCCCAAGGAAAUCGAGUGCCAGGCAGAGGACUACCCCGAGGUUGCCAUCCAACAGGUCGGGCAGGUCGUGCAGUGCGACGUCCACUUUGGCCUGGUGUGCAAGAACGAAGACCAGACCGGCAAAUUUAAGUUGUGCCUCAACUACAGGAUACGCGUCUACUGCUGCACCCCGAACUACGAGUUCACGACCUCCACCUCCACGACCUCCUCCCCCACCACGCGGCCCACCUCCUCAGAAACCACACAGCAGACCUCCACCACCACAACCAGACCCACCCCGACACCUACCAUAUCCUCCACUGGCGUGAGCUCCACCACCACCACCUCGUCCAUUACCACCUGUCAAAAAGAAGUGUGCUCCUGGACCGAAUGGUUCGACGUCGACUUCCCCUCCCCGGGGCCCAGCCAGGGAGACUUUGAAACCUACGAGCACAUCCGGGCCGCCGGCAAGAAGAUCUGUCACCAGCCCAAGGAAAUCGAGUGCCAGGCAGAGGACUACCCCGAGGUUGCCAUCCAACAGGUCGGGCAGGUCGUGCAGUGCGACAUCCACUUUGGCCUGGUGUGCAAGAACGAAGACCAGACCGGCAAAUUUAAGUUGUGCCUCAACUACAGGAUACGCGUCUACUGCUGCACCCCGAACUACGAGUUCACGACCUCCACCUCCACGACCUCCUCCCCCACCACGCGGCCCACCUCCUCAGAAACCACACAGCAGACCUCCACCACCACAACCAGACCCACCCCGACACCUACCAUAUCCUCCACUGGCGUGAGCUCCACCACCACCACCACCACCACCACCACCUCGUCCAUUACCACCUGUCAAAAAGAAGUGUGCUCCUGGACCGAAUGGUUCGACGUCGACUUCCCCUCCCCGGGGCCCAGCCAGGGAGACUUUGAAACCUACGAGCACAUCCGGGCCGCCGGCAAGAAGAUCUGUCACCAGCCCAAGGAAAUCGAGUGCCAGGCAGAGGACUACCCCGAGGUUGCCAUCCAACAGGUCGGGCAGGUCGUGCAGUGCGACGUCCACUUUGGCCUGGUGUGCAAGAACGAAGACCAGACCGGCAAAUUUAAGUUGUGCCUCAACUACAGGAUACGCGUCUACUGCUGCACCCCGAACUACGAGUUCACGACCUCCACCUCCACGACCUCCUCCCCCACCACGCGGCCCACCUCCUCAGAAACCACACAGCAGACCUCCACCACCACAACCAGACCCACCCCGACACCUACCAUAUCCUCCACUGGCGUGAGCUCCACCACCACCACCACCACCACCACCACCUCGUCCAUUACCACCUGUCAAAAAGAAGUGUGCUCCUGGACCGAAUGGUUCGACGUCGACUUCCCCUCCCCGGGGCCCAGCCAGGGAGACUUUGAAACCUACGAGCACAUCCGGGCCGCCGGCAAGAAGAUCUGUCACCAGCCCAAGGAAAUCGAGUGCCAGGCAGAGGACUACCCCGAGGUUGCCAUCCAACAGGUCGGGCAGGUCGUGCAGUGCGACGUCCACUUUGGCCUGGUGUGCAAGAACGAAGACCAGACCGGCAAAUUUAAGUUGUGCCUCAACUACAGGAUACGCGUCUACUGCUGCACCCCGAACUACGAGUGUGUGACCAGCACACCCCUGCCCACCACCAGCCCCACCACCAUCACCACCCGCAAACCAACCACCACCAAACCGACUUCCGCCACAGUCACGACCUCCACCUCCACGACCUCCUCCCCCACCACGCGGCCCACCUCCUCAGAAACCACACAGCAGACCUCCACCACCACAACCAGACCCACCCCGACACCUACCAUAUCCUCCACUGGCGUGAGCUCCACCACCACCACCUCGUCCAUUACCACCUGUCAAAAAGAAGUGUGCUCCUGGACCGAAUGGUUCGACGUCGACUUCCCCUCCCCGGGGCCCAGCCAGGGAGACUUUGAAACCUACGAGCACAUCCGGGCCGCCGGCAAGAAGAUCUGUCACCAGCCCAAGGAAAUCGAGUGCCAGGCAGAGGACUACCCCGAGGUUGCCAUCCAACAGGUCGGGCAGGUCGUGCAGUGCGACGUCCACUUUGGCCUGGUGUGCAAGAACGAAGACCAGACCGGCAAAUUUAAGUUGUGCCUCAACUACAGGAUACGCGUCUACUGCUGCACCCCGAACUACGAGUGUGUGACCAGCACACCCCUGCCCACCACCAGCCCCACCACCAUCACCACCCGCAAACCAACCACCACCACCCCGACUUCCGCCACAGUCACGACCUCCACCUCCACGACCUCCUCCCCCACCACGCGGCCCACCUCCUCAGAAACCACACAGCAGACCUCCACCACCACAACCAGACCCACCCCGACACCUACCAUAUCCUCCACUGGCGUGAGCUCCACCACCACCACCACCACCACCACCACCUCGUCCAUUACCACCUGUCAAAAAGAAGUGUGCUCCUGGACCGAAUGGUUCGACGUCGACUUCCCCUCCCCGGGGCCCAGCCAGGGAGACUUUGAAACCUACGAGCACAUCCGGGCCGCCGGCAAGAAGAUCUGUCACCAGCCCAAGGAAAUCGAGUGCCAGGCAGAGGACUACCCCGAGGUUGCCAUCCAACAGGUCGGGCAGGUCGUGCAGUGCGACGUCCACUUUGGCCUGGUGUGCAAGAACGAAGACCAGACCGGCAAAUUUAAGUUGUGCCUCAACUACAGGAUACGCGUCUACUGCUGCACCCCGAACUACGAGUGUGUGACCAGCACACCCCUGCCCACCACCAGCCCCACCACCAUCACCACCCGCAAACCAACCACCACCACCCCGACUUCCGCCACAGUCACGACCUCCACCUCCACGACCUCCUCCCCCACCACGCGGCCCACCUCCUCAGAAACCACACAGCAGACCUCCACCACCACAACCAGACCCACCCCGACACCUACCAUAUCCUCCACUGGCGUGAGCUCCACCACCACCACCUCGUCCAUUACCACCUGUCAAAAAGAAGUGUGCUCCUGGACCGAAUGGUUCGACGUCGACUUCCCCUCCCCGGGGCCCAGCCAGGGAGACUUUGAAACCUACGAGCACAUCCGGGCCGCCGGCAAGAAGAUCUGUCACCAGCCCAAGGAAAUCGAGUGCCAGGCAGAGGACUACCCCGAGGUUGCCAUCCAACAGGUCGGGCAGGUCGUGCAGUGCGACGUCCACUUUGGCCUGGUGUGCAAGAACGAAGACCAGACCGGCAAAUUUAAGUUGUGCCUCAACUACAGGAUACGCGUCUACUGCUGCACCCCGAACUACGAGUUCACGACCUCCACCUCCACGACCUCCUCCCCCACCACGCGGCCCACCUCCUCAGAAACCACACAGCAGACCUCCACCACCACAACCAGACCCACCCCGACACCUACCAUAUCCUCCACUGGCGUGAGCUCCACCACCACCACCUCGUCCAUUACCACCUGUCAAAAAGAAGUGUGCUCCUGGACCGAAUGGUUCGACGUCGACUUCCCCUCCCCGGGGCCCAGCCAGGGAGACUUUGAAACCUACGAGCACAUCCGGGCCGCCGGCAAGAAGAUCUGUCACCAGCCCAAGGAAAUCGAGUGCCAGGCAGAGGACUACCCCGAGGUUGCCAUCCAACAGGUCGGGCAGGUCGUGCAGUGCGACGUCCACUUUGGCCUGGUGUGCAAGAACGAAGACCAGACCGGCAAAUUUAAGUUGUGCCUCAACUACAGGAUACGCGUCUACUGCUGCACCCCGAACUACGAGUUCACGACCUCCACCUCCACGACCUCCUCCCCCACCACGCGGCCCACCUCCUCAGAAACCACACAGCAGACCUCCACCACCACAACCAGACCCACCCCGACACCUACCAUAUCCUCCACUGGCGUGAGCUCCACCACCACCACCUCGUCCAUUACCACCUGUCAAAAAGAAGUGUGCUCCUGGACCGAAUGGUUCGACGUCGACUUCCCCUCCCCGGGGCCCAGCCAGGGAGACUUUGAAACCUACGAGCACAUCCGGGCCGCCGGCAAGAAGAUCUGUCACCAGCCCAAGGAAAUCGAGUGCCAGGCAGAGGACUACCCCGAGGUUGCCAUCCAACAGGUCGGGCAGGUCGUGCAGUGCGACGUCCACUUUGGCCUGGUGUGCAAGAACGAAGACCAGACCGGCAAAUUUAAGUUGUGCCUCAACUACAGGAUACGCGUCUACUGCUGCACCCCGAACUACGAGUUCACGACCUCCACCUCCACGACCUCCUCCCCCACCACGCGGCCCACCUCCUCAGAAACCACACAGCAGACCUCCACCACCACAACCAGACCCACCCCGACACCUACCAUAUCCUCCACUGGCGUGAGCUCCACCACCACCACCACCACCACCACCACCUCGUCCAUUACCACCUGUCAAAAAGAAGUGUGCUCCUGGACCGAAUGGUUCGACGUCGACUUCCCCUCCCCGGGGCCCAGCCAGGGAGACUUUGAAACCUACGAGCACAUCCGGGCCGCCGGCAAGAAGAUCUGUCACCAGCCCAAGGAAAUCGAGUGCCAGGCAGAGGACUACCCCGAGGUUGCCAUCCAACAGGUCGGGCAGGUCGUGCAGUGCGACGUCCACUUUGGCCUGGUGUGCAAGAACGAAGACCAGACCGGCAAAUUUAAGUUGUGCCUCAACUACAGGAUACGCGUCUACUGCUGCACCCCGAACUACGAGUGUGUGACCAGCACACCCCUGCCCACCACCAGCCCCACCAUCACGACCUCCACCUCCACGACCUCCUCCCCCACCACGCGGCCCACCUCCUCAGAAACCACACAGCAGACCUCCACCACCACAACCAGACCCACCCCGACACCUACCAUAUCCUCCACUGGCGUGAGCUCCACCACCACCACCACCACCACCACCACCUCGUCCAUUACCACCUGUCAAAAAGAAGUGUGCUCCUGGACCGAAUGGUUCGACGUCGACUUCCCCUCCCCGGGGCCCAGCCAGGGAGACUUUGAAACCUACGAGCACAUCCGGGCCGCCGGCAAGAAGAUCUGUCACCAGCCCAAGGAAAUCGAGUGCCAGGCAGAGGACUACCCCGAGGUUGCCAUCCAACAGGUCGGGCAGGUCGUGCAGUGCGACGUCCACUUUGGCCUGGUGUGCAAGAACGAAGACCAGACCGGCAAAUUUAAGUUGUGCCUCAACUACAGGAUACGCGUCUACUGCUGCACCCCGAACUACGAGUUCACGACCUCCACCUCCACGACCUCCUCCCCCACCACGCGGCCCACCUCCUCAGAAACCACACAGCAGACCUCCACCACCACAACCAGACCCACCCCGACACCUACCAUAUCCUCCACUGGCGUGAGCUCCACCACCACCACCUCGUCCAUUACCACCUGUCAAAAAGAAGUGUGCUCCUGGACCGAAUGGUUCGACGUCGACUUCCCCUCCCCGGGGCCCAGCCAGGGAGACUUUGAAACCUACGAGCACAUCCGGGCCGCCGGCAAGAAGAUCUGUCACCAGCCCAAGGAAAUCGAGUGCCAGGCAGAGGACUACCCCGAGGUUGCCAUCCAACAGGUCGGGCAGGUCGUGCAGUGCGACGUCCACUUUGGCCUGGUGUGCAAGAACGAAGACCAGACCGGCAAAUUUAAGUUGUGCCUCAACUACAGGAUACGCGUCUACUGCUGCACCCCGAACUACGAGUUCACGACCUCCACCUCCACGACCUCCUCCCCCACCACGCGGCCCACCUCCUCAGAAACCACACAGCAGACCUCCACCACCACAACCAGACCCACCCCGACACCUACCAUAUCCUCCACUGGCGUGAGCUCCACCACCACCACCACCACCACCACCACCUCGUCCAUUACCACCUGUCAAAAAGAAGUGUGCUCCUGGACCGAAUGGUUCGACGUCGACUUCCCCUCCCCGGGGCCCAGCCAGGGAGACUUUGAAACCUACGAGCACAUCCGGGCCGCCGGCAAGAAGAUCUGUCACCAGCCCAAGGAAAUCGAGUGCCAGGCAGAGGACUACCCCGAGGUUGCCAUCCAACAGGUCGGGCAGGUCGUGCAGUGCGACGUCCACUUUGGCCUGGUGUGCAAGAACGAAGACCAGACCGGCAAAUUUAAGUUGUGCCUCAACUACAGGAUACGCGUCUACUGCUGCACCCCGAACUACGAGUUCACGACCUCCACCUCCACGACCUCCUCCCCCACCACGCGGCCCACCUCCUCAGAAACCACACAGCAGACCUCCACCACCACAACCAGACCCACCCCGACACCUACCAUAUCCUCCACUGGCGUGAGCUCCACCACCACCACCUCGUCCAUUACCACCUGUCAAAAAGAAGUGUGCUCCUGGACCGAAUGGUUCGACGUCGACUUCCCCUCCCCGGGGCCCAGCCAGGGAGACUUUGAAACCUACGAGCACAUCCGGGCCGCCGGCAAGAAGAUCUGUCACCAGCCCAAGGAAAUCGAGUGCCAGGCAGAGGACUACCCCGAGGUUGCCAUCCAACAGGUCGGGCAGGUCGUGCAGUGCGACGUCCACUUUGGCCUGGUGUGCAAGAACGAAGACCAGACCGGCAAAUUUAAGUUGUGCCUCAACUACAGGAUACGCGUCUACUGCUGCACCCCGAACUACGAGUUCACGACCUCCACCUCCACGACCUCCUCCCCCACCACGCGGCCCACCUCCUCAGAAACCACACAGCAGACCUCCACCACCACAACCAGACCCACCCCGACACCUACCAUAUCCUCCACUGGCGUGAGCUCCACCACCACCACCUCGUCCAUUACCACCUGUCAAAAAGAAGUGUGCUCCUGGACCGAAUGGUUCGACGUCGACUUCCCCUCCCCGGGGCCCAGCCAGGGAGACUUUGAAACCUACGAGCACAUCCGGGCCGCCGGCAAGAAGAUCUGUCACCAGCCCAAGGAAAUCGAGUGCCAGGCAGAGGACUACCCCGAGGUUGCCAUCCAACAGGUCGGGCAGGUCGUGCAGUGCGACGUCCACUUUGGCCUGGUGUGCAAGAACGAAGACCAGACCGGCAAAUUUAAGUUGUGCCUCAACUACAGGAUACGCGUCUACUGCUGCACCCCGAACUACGAGUUCACGACCUCCACCUCCACGACCUCCUCCCCCACCACGCGGCCCACCUCCUCAGAAACCACACAGCAGACCUCCACCACCACAACCAGACCCACCCCGACACCUACCAUAUCCUCCACUGGCGUGAGCUCCACCACCACCACCACCACCACCACCACCUCGUCCAUUACCACCUGUCAAAAAGAAGUGUGCUCCUGGACCGAAUGGUUCGACGUCGACUUCCCCUCCCCGGGGCCCAGCCAGGGAGACUUUGAAACCUACGAGCACAUCCGGGCCGCCGGCAAGAAGAUCUGUCACCAGCCCAAGGAAAUCGAGUGCCAGGCAGAGGACUACCCCGAGGUUGCCAUCCAACAGGUCGGGCAGGUCGUGCAGUGCGACGUCCACUUUGGCCUGGUGUGCAAGAACGAAGACCAGACCGGCAAAUUUAAGUUGUGCCUCAACUACAGGAUACGCGUCUACUGCUGCACCCCGAACUACGAGUUCACGACCUCCACCUCCACGACCUCCUCCCCCACCACGCGGCCCACCUCCUCAGAAACCACACAGCAGACCUCCACCACCACAACCAGACCCACCCCGACACCUACCAUAUCCUCCACUGGCGUGAGCUCCACCACCACCACCACCACCACCACCACCUCGUCCAUUACCACCUGUCAAAAAGAAGUGUGCUCCUGGACCGAAUGGUUCGACGUCGACUUCCCCUCCCCGGGGCCCAGCCAGGGAGACUUUGAAACCUACGAGCACAUCCGGGCCGCCGGCAAGAAGAUCUGUCACCAGCCCAAGGAAAUCGAGUGCCAGGCAGAGGACUACCCCGAGGUUGCCAUCCAACAGGUCGGGCAGGUCGUGCAGUGCGACGUCCACUUUGGCCUGGUGUGCAAGAACGAAGACCAGACCGGCAAAUUUAAGUUGUGCCUCAACUACAGGAUACGCGUCUACUGCUGCACCCCGAACUACGAGUGUGAGUUGAUUUAUAGCAAAACUGAUAGUGAUGGAUGUACAUUUUAUGCAAUCUGUAGUCCAACAUGUACAGUUGAACGACACACUGUACAAUGUAAUGUUACUACUCCUCUGACCACUACUUCACCUGAACUGUCUACCUUAACGACAUCAGUUCCUCAGUCUACCACUUCUGGAAAUAUUUGUGUUUCAUCUUCUUAUCCUCCCCUUCGGCCUGGAGAAACAUACAAAUUAUCCAACUGUACAGAAAUCAUCUGUAAGGGAGACAACAAGAUAGAGGUAGUUCCCACACAGUGUCCACCCGUAAAGGAAAUUACCUGUGCAAACAAAUACCCAGCAAUACUGGUACCUGAUGAAAACGGCUGCUGUUACCACUACGAGUGUCAAUGUGUGUGCAGUGGAUGGGGUGAUCCUCAUUACAUUACUUUUGAUGGAAUCUACUAUACUUUCCUUGAAAAUUGCACUUACGUCCUGGUGAAACAGAUUGUACCUAAAUAUGACAACUUCCGUGUUUACAUUGACAAUUACUACUGCAAUUCAAAAGAUGGACUUUCCUGCCCAAAAUCCAUUAUUAUUUUCUACAAAUCUGCAGAAGUGGUGCUGACCCGUGAACUCAUGAAUGGUGUGAUGACCAACGUGAUGUACUUCAACAGAAAGAUUGUCAAACCAGGCUUCAAAAAAGAUGGCAUUUAUUUCUCCACACUUGGCAUAAACAUGAUUGUUGAAAUACCAGAGAUUGGUGUGACCAUUACCUUCAGCGGGCUCAUUUUCUCUGUGAAACUCCCGUACAGCUUAUUUGGCAACAACACCGAAGGACAGUGUGGAACAUGUACAAAUAAAAAAUCAGAUGAAUGCCGCUUACCAAGUGGUGAGAUCAUUUCUUCCUGUCCCCAAAUGGCUCAUCACUGGUUCGUUGGUAACGACACGUCAUGCCAUGGAGUACCAGUACCACCACCAGUUGUAACCACACCUUCACCAAAGCCUCAGUGUGAAACAUCUCUCUGCAAGCUUAUCUGGAGCGAGGUUUUUGCAGAUUGUCACACCGUGAUACCACCAGAACCAUUUUUCAAAGGCUGUGUUUUUGAUGCAUGUCGCAUAGAGGAUAAAUCCGUGCAGUGUUCCAGUUUGGAGAUGUAUGCUACUGAGUGUGCUGCUAGAGGUGUCUGCAUUGACUGGAGAGGAAAGACCAACAACACAUGCCCAUACAACUGUUCAGCAAACUUGGUAUACAAGCCAUGUGGGCCCAUUAAUCCUGCUACCUGUGACCCAAGUGUUGUUGAGCUUCCUGGCUAUGGAGUAACUGAAGGAUGUUUCUGUCCUGAAGGAAAGAAAUUCUUAAGUCAAGACAGCAACAUCUGUGUCCCUGGAUGCUUUUGUAUGGAUCAAAAUGGAGUAUCCAGACAGCCAGGAGAAAAAUGGUCAAAAGAUUGCCAGGAAUGUGUCUGUGAGGAAAAUACUCUUAAAGUGCACUGUAUAAAACACAAAUGUUCUCCAACACAGCAAGUAUUUUGUGAUGAACCAGGUUACAUGCCCGUUCAGACACCAAUACCAGAUGAUCCAUGCUGUACCAGGACUGAAUGCUUCUGCAACACUAGCCUCUGCCCUAAGGUCACACCCCAGUGCUUAGAGGGACAAGAAGCAGUCACAAUAAUGCAGCCUGGGAAAUGCUGUCCUACCUUUGAAUGCAGACAUGGCUGUGUAGUCAAUGAAACCUACUAUGCACCUGGAGCUGUCAUUCCAUCAGGCCCCUGUGAAGAAUGCAUCUGUUCUGAAUCCCCUUACUCAAGCCCUCACCAUGCUACUGUCAAGUGCAAGCCUGUUAUCUGUGACACACACUGCCCAGCAGGUUAUAAGUACACAAAGGAACCUGGACAGUGCUGUGGCACGUGCAAGGCAGUGGCUUGUGUAGUGACUAUUGGAGACAUUACACGCGUGCUCAAAGUUGGAGAAUUCUGGAGCCCACUUGGUGAUAACUGUACAAUUUACACAUGUGAAAAAUAUGAUGACCAGUUCAUUCAGGUCAUCUCACAGAAAAGCUGUCCUCCCUUUAACCCUGAUGAAUGUGAUCCAGAUGACAUCCAGCUAUCUGAAGAUGGCUGCUGUAAAGAGUGCCCAAGAAAUCUGAAGACUUGUACGAAGCACAAUACUACUACUGUCAUCAAACAUCAUGGAUGUAAAUCUGCACCUGUUGAGAUGACACACUGUGAAGGCAGCUGUGAUGCUUACUCACGAUAUUCUCCAGAGGCAAACACAAUGGAACAUAAAUGCUCGUGUUGUCAGGAAAUCAAGACCAGCCAAAGAAAAGUGACUCUGACGUGCAGUGACGGAACUUACCUUGAUCACUCAUACACCUAUGUGGAGCAAUGCGGCUGUGUGAGCGCUUUCUGCAUUCCCCAGGAUAGCACCCAACAGGGAAUAAGCCAAGCAAAGACCUCUCAGGAGCAACCGAAUGUCUAAAAUUAGAACUAGAGAGAAGCCAAACAAGGAACAUAAGACUAAAAAAAACAAAAACAAAAAGAAACACCCCAAAAAACCAAAACAAACCACUUUGAAAAAAUACAAAAGUAUCAGAAGCAGCUAAGAUUUUGGAUGAACAGAGGAUAUUUUCUGCAUGCAAAUUCAAUGUCUGUCCACAUUAUUUCAUUUUUCGUUGCUGAUAUAUCUUCCAUUGUUUUUAAUAACUUUUCUUUUACACCUUUUUUUUUUUAAAAAAAUGUCAUUUACAGAAUGACAUAAGGUCAUUUUGACAUCUUCUUUUAGUUUGUCUUCUGAGAAGUGCUGUACCAUAAGACUGAAAGCUGGAUUUACACUUGCACAAAGUCUACUAUGAGAACAAUAUUCCCUUCUGUCUUGAAGGUUGCCUGUGUGGCAUAAUAUAGACACUUGACAAUAUCUGAUAUUUCCAUUGACACAGACUGAACUUUUUAAUAAUAUUUUCAUUCCAGUUCAUUGAGACAAAUCAAAAGCUAAAGUCCAGAAAACAAACAAAAAAAAUGCAAAGAAAACUGUACUUCUCUGUUGCUUCAUUUUUCUUUUUUCAUUAAGGAAAACUUAGACUGCAGAAAGCCAUACCUUCUCAAAACUAUAAACUUCAAUAUUUUGAACUAUUUAUGAUAGGCAUAUUUCCCUAUAUAUUCUUGUGAGAAAAAGAGAAAUCCUAUCAUAGGAAGCUGCUGCACACUAGUCUUUGUUUACAUAACACCAUCAGCAUAGUAAUUGUACGAAAAAUAUGGAUUUUUUUGUUUUUUUGUGGUUAACUGUUUACAGAAGAAGUAUAUAUAUAUAUAUUUGCCAACAGGGGCAUAUGAAGGAUUUUUGUAAACAAAAGUUAAUAAUAAUAAAUAUAAAUCCUUUCCUAGGAAGCUUUUAAAAGUUGAACCAUUGCUAUUUAUUUUGUUUUUUUGGAAAACUGAUUUAUUGGGUCAUUUCUUUCAGAAUUAAUGUUAUCCCAUUUCUUCUUAGUCUUAGUCAGGUUGUCUGGGUGUGGUAUGUUUUCUUUUUCUGUUUUGUUUUGG